AUGAACUCCGAUGCGAGUUUGAUUACUGCGCUCGUAGAGCGGUGGCGACCCGAGACGUCGACCUUCCAUCUACCGUGUGGUGAGAUCACGAUCAAGUUAGAGGACGUUGUUACACUGUCCGGUCUGGCGAUCGACGGUGAUGCCGUCGUAGUUGAUAUACCGGAUGAGGAGUGGUCGGCGAUCUGUUUGAGACUGUUAGGACGGGUUCCGACUGAUCUUGAAGGCGGUGUCGCUGUUGUUAGGAUUGUUUGGCUGAGGGUUGAAUUCAGUCAUCUGCCGGAAAAUGCAUCACAGGAGGUUAUAGAGCAGUUUGCACGAGCUUAUGCUCUAUCUUUGAUUGGAGGUGUACUUUUCCCAGAUCGGUCUGGAGGUAUGGUGCACAUACAGUACCUACUUCUGAUUGAGGAUUGGCGGAGAGCUGGACGGUUCGCCUGGGGAGCUGCUGUUUUAUCCUACCUGUAUCGUGAGAUGGGUAGGCCGACUUUGCACAUUGCGCAUACCGGCACUUCUCUUAGCAGUGACCUUGGUGGAUGGGUCACCCUACUGUAG